AUGAGGAAGCCAGAUAUAAUCAACGUCAGAAGCUACAAAGGACGCCUAAGGGAGGGGAGGAUGAAACCAUGGGCAGAACCUUCGAGUAUGAGUCUGAAGCAACUGUCGGCCGAGAAGAAUAGUGAGAAGGUGCAAAAAGGAGAGGAAAAGUCAAGAACAAGUACAGAUGCUACCGUCAGAAGCAAGGGAGGAUCAGCUGGCGAGGACGAAGGAAGGAAAUAG